GCUUCAACCUGGAAAGAUACCCGCCUCGGCUUUGCCUUGUGCGGGAAAUGGAACGGGGCGUCCCUCUGACGUGGUGGUACGAUACAAUUGAGCGUAUAAAAAUGUGUUCCCCUCAACAACAUUUGGACUGCAGAGCAAAAAUAACUACUGGAGAUGACGACCUACCGCUUGGAAUACGGACAUUGCUUAAAAUACUAGUGGGUUAUAACAGAAAUGGCCUGCAUUCACCCCCCGCAUGGACUUCAGCCUUAUGAUAACAGCCUCUACAACUCAGCGUCUCUGAGCCUGGACCUUACUUGCAGGUUAGCCAUGGACGUGAGUAGCCAGAUGGACCAGCUCUCUGCCGCCUCCCUAUCUAGCAUCAACUCCCUGGUGGGCACCUACACUGGCGAGUUUGAUGCUUCCUCCUGUCAGAUCGCCACAGCUCCUACAACCUCUAGCACAGACUCUGUCCAUGAAUCGCCCUUCAAGAAGGAUGACUUCCAGAUUUACGGCUGCUACCCUGGCAGCUUUGCCCUGAGCUACUUUGACGAAGCCCUGUCUUCUGGUGGCUCUGAAUGUUUCGGCAGCCCGGCGUCAGCCCAGUCUCCCUCUACCCCAGGCUUCCAGCCCCAGCCUGCAUCGGCUUGGGCCUCGGCCUCCAGCCCCUACUCUCCCAGCCUGGACUGCUGGGUGGCUGAUAAGACUGCAUUGUUACAGACAUCCUCUUUCUUCACCUAUGGACCCGGCUCAGUAGAGGAUCUGUCUCCUCUGGACCAGCUCCAGCCCCAGCUGACUGAUCAAGGCCACUUCUCUCUGAGUCAGGAGCAGCACCCCACCCUGCUUUCUUUCUCCCCUCUAACCCUGGAGCCAGGCACCCUAGAUGACUCUGGCUUCAUGGAAGGUAGCAUGUCGCUGAAACCGAACAGCCCUACUGGAAAUGAGGGUCGCUGUGCUGUCUGUGGGGACAACGCCUCCUGUCAGCACUAUGGGGUUCGUACCUGUGAGGGCUGCAAAGGUUUUUUCAAGCGUACUGUACAGAAAAAAGCCAAAUACGUGUGUCUUGCCAACAAGGACUGUCCGGUGGACAAGCGGCGACGGAAUCGCUGUCAAUUCUGUCGUUUUCAGAAGUGCCUGGCAGAAGGUAUGAUGAAAGAAGUUGUGAGAACAGAUAGCUUAAAAGGUCGAAGAGGUCGUCUGCCCUCCAAGCCAAAAGCAGCCCAGGACCUAUCUUCUGCUGAGUCUCCAGUUAAUAUCAUUGCCUCUCUUGUGAGGGCACACAUUGACUCAAACCCUAGUGUUGGGAAACUGGACUACUCUAAGUACCAGGAGACUGUGGCCAGUCUGUCAGAGAAAGUGGACGUUGGUGACGUCAAACAGUUCUACAACCUCCUCACGGCAUCCAUGGACGUGAUUAGCAAGUGGGCUAGGAGCAUCCCUGGGUUCACUGCCUUCUGCUCUGAGGACCAGGAGCUGCUACUGGAGUCAGCCUUCAUGGAACUGUUCAUCUUGCGACUAGCAUACAGGAUCAACCCUGAGACACACAAGCUGAUAUUCUGCAAUGGAGUGGUGCUUCACCGGAUGCAGUGUGUACGGGGCUUCGGUGACUGGAUAGACUCCAUCAUGGACUUCUCCCAGAGCCUCCACCGCAUGAACCUGGACAUGUCGUCCUUCUCCUGCCUCACAACCCUGGUCAUAAUCACUGACCGCCACGGCCUGAAGGAGCCCAAGCGGGUGGAGGAGUUCCAGAACCAGCUCAUCACCUGUCUCAGAGAUCACGUCUCGAGCUGCGCCUCGGACUCCACUCGGCCCAACUACCUGUCCCGCCUCCUGGGAAAACUGCCCGAGCUACGGACUCUCUGCACCCAGGGCCUGCAGCGCAUCUUCUAUCUUAAGCUUGAGGACUUGGUCAUACCACCCCCCAUAGUGGACAAAAUUUUCAUGGAAACUCUGCCUUUCUGAGAGUGAGAAAAGACUAUACAGAGUGUGCUAGAGACGAUAAAUGAUGAAGUGAUCUCCCUGUUGGAUUAGGGACAAACAAAUGAAACUCUUAAAGACUGACAUAAAAGUGCUGAAUAAUACUAUCUUAAAAGCUCUGAAGCUAUAUCACACUUGAGGACAACAGGACCUCUUGUACAUUAGCAAUGGCCAUAGUAUGGUGCUAAAAGGAUAAUUAACUUCUUUAUAAUUUCAGUAAUAGUUUUAAUGCAGUAUUUCAGAUGUAUGGCUUUGAGUGUGCACUAAUUACUUAUACUGGAGUGAAAAACAGACAGGCCAUGGACCAAAAGCAGACUGCCAUAAGUUAAGUAAACAAAGUUAGAUUUUGAUGAACAUGCGUUAGUGAACUUUAAAAAUAGGCCUGUGAAAUGUAAUGACUGAUACAAAGGACUGCAUCAUCUUGCUUCGUAUGUAUACUAUGCCUUAGCUAGAUGGUGUUUUUGAGAUUCAGGUUCAAGAUUUUACUACUAUCAUGGUGUUACAGCGUAGCCACAAUGACUCCACUGCAGCAUUGUGACUGAAACAUGUUACAAUCACAAGGUUAAAUAAAGGUGAAAUAAAUAAAUAAAUAAAAUAAGGACAUUUGAGAAGGGUACCUGAUCUUGUUGAGAACUACCAGUUGCAGAUAGUGAUGAUUAUGCUUUCAGUGAUGUUGGGUAAAUAUCACUGAAAUAUGGCAGCUAUGAUUGAGCAGCCAGAACAAAUAUUACAACUUAAUUGUGUUUUUUGCAUCUAUGAAUGUUUCACACUGAGUGUACAAAACAUUAGGAACACCUACCUAAUAUUGAGUAACCCUAAGAACAGCCUAAACUCGUCGGAGCAUGGACUCUACUUGUUGAAAGUGAUCCAGAGGGAUGCAUGAAUGUCCUUUGGGUGGUGGACCAUUCUUGAUACACAUGGGAAACUGAGUGUGAGAAACCCAGCUGAGUUUUUUUUCUCGAAUCAUUUUAUUUUUAUUUCACAUUAUACAAUGCGCAGGAUCACGUUACAAAUAUUAACUGACAUGACAACACUAACAAACAUACAAAACUAUUUACAUACUGGUCAAGAGUACAUUUUGCAGACACAAAAUGAAAUUUACAAAAAAAAUAUGUUCUCAAAAAAGAUUGUCACCCCCCCUCUUUCUUACCAUGUAGGUCCACUGCUUGGUCAAGAGUUGUUGAUAUCUGAUAAGAGUUUGACAUAAUACAUCCCAUGCCUCAACUGA